CUUUUGGACUAAUGUGAAGAAGUUGGCCGCCCUGAUGAAGGGCCCCUAUGACGUGUUGCGAGAGGUGGAUAAGGAUGUCCACUGCCUCUCACGCAUCUAUGACAUGGCCUGCCAGUUGCCGGUCUUCKUUCGUGCAGCCCGCCUCACGGAUGAGGAGCGAGACAUCAUCUUGACGGCGKUGGCGAAYAGGACUGACAUGCUGCUCAGCCCCAUUCAUGUUGUGGCCCGGUUGCUUGAUCCUGUCUUGAGGGACAUUGCCGUUUUCAGCAAUGUGGAGCUCAUGACGCAGUUUGAGAGCGUUGUCGAUCGACUCAUCGGGAAGAGGGGGAGCAAGAAGUUCACCGACUGUAUGGACCAGUUGUAUGACUUCCAGUUCGGGAACGGGGUGUUUGGCUCCGAGCGGGCAGUGCAGAGGGCCUCGAAGGACAACGCAGUGUUGUGGUGGGAGGCGCAUGGGGCAGGGCAUCCAGAGAUCAAGGCCUUGGCAAUCAAGAGCCUCAGGCUCAAGAGCCGGGGGGGUGAUGGCCCCACUGUGGCUGGAGGGUGGUUGGGAUUGGCAGUUGAUUGGCCUGACGAGGAUUUGGAGGGUGAUCAGGCGGGCGUGACGGACGCCGUCGAUGACGGUGAGGUUGCAGAUGACGGUACUCGUUCGGCUGCAGGCAGCACCAGCAUUCGUCGUGAUCCCUUUAUGCCUGGGACUUCGGCAUCUGCGGAGAGGUUAGGGGAGGUGGGGGAGGGUGUGRGUACGGAGGAGGUAGAUGUUGACGAGGAGGAGGAGGAUUUCGAUGACGAGGAUGGCAUUCCAGGAGAAGAGUGGGAGGAUGAGAGGUCUGACUCGGAUAGAUCGUGGACGAGGAGGGAGGAGAUCACRCCAUACAUCCCGGGCACACGAUCUGGAUUGACGUCGCAAAGUCCACGACAGGAGGAAGAGCCGCGUCGACAUCACGAUGAGGAUCAGGCGGAUGAGGAGCAGCGGGGAGGGGAUGAGGAGGAGGAGGAGGAGCAUCAGGGUGGGGACGAGGAGGAGGUCGAGGAGCAGCGGGGCGGGGAUGAGCAUGAGGAGGCACAGGGGGAGGCUGGCCAGCAGGUGCAUGAGGAGCACGAGGCGGAGGCCCRCGCGGACGACACUCGCAGAGAUGAGCAGCUGCACACUCCGUUGGAGGGUCACGCAAAUGGGGAGCAAGAGGGUCAGGCAGCGGGUGAGCGGGCCAGCCAAGUGGUGCGCUCAUUUUAUGAUCCCGGUCGACCGUCACACCUAACCGGCCGCUUUGGAGCACAUCCCGGGUGCGUGUGGGAUUCGCUCGCCUAUCGUGCUGUGCGAGGCAGAGGGCGACCACCUUCCAAACGUGGCAGAGGGAGGUCUGAUGUCGGAGGCCACUCCCAUGGGGCUCCGCAAGGUAGAGGGCGAGGCAGAGGGCGGCCACGGAAGGAGAGACAGCCAUCUCCAGAUCCUGCGCCAGAGGGGUCAGAGGAUGACUCUCAUGAGAGUGCACCUCUGCAUAAGCCAAAGAAAAGGAGGACAGAGCCUCAUCUGCCAUGUCAGCAGCUGCCACAUCAGCAGCCACCACAUCAGCAGACACCACGUCAACAGCUGCCACAUCAGCAGCUGGGACGCCAGCUGCUGAUGGGGCARCUGCUGACGUGGGAUCAGUUGUCGUGCCAGCUGCUGAUGUGGCAGCUGCUGACACGGCAUAACCGAACAACAAGACAUCAGCAGCUGGCACUUCAGCUGCUGAUGCGGCAGCAGCUGCCACAUCAGCAGUUGUCAUGUCAGCAGCUGCCACAUCAGCAGUUGCCAUGUCAGCAGAUGCCAUGCCAGCAGCCGCCACAUCAGCAGCUGGCACUUCAGCUGCUGAUGUGGCAUCUGCUGACCUGGCAGCUGCUGACGUCGCAGCUGCUAACAUGGCAGCUCCUGACCAACCGGUCACUAUUCUUCGUCAGCUUCAACGUUUUCGACAGUCCCACAUCCACGUGCGUCAUGGCCAGUUCAAGCAAGGCCACCAUCGUUGCCAAAGGCAAGUCCCAGUCCAAGCACCCCGUGUUCAUGGCCCAGCCGGAGGAAAGACAGAAAAGUUUGCAGAACGAGAAGACCRUGUACAAGUGGAUUGAGCAAGGGCAGGAGGCGGACCCAAAAGGGUAYGGGCAGURCWGGGUGAGAAGUAGGCUGUGCAACCAGUUGUUCACAGCAUCGAAGUCAYGUGCGRWGCAACAKUUCCUGAAGAAGAGAGCAGCAUGUCCUUACCGCACGGGGGAGAUUCUCCAUUUGUUGGAGUUGGAUGGAGCUAACAUUAAAGAAGGUGGUGCAACAACUCAGACAAUGCUGCAUAAGUACAGAAUGGAUAAUGGCAUCGGCGAGGACUGCGGAUUGGAAGCGGAGCCAGUGCAUCAGGCAGCAACGGAGUUGGAGCGGCAUAUUGUCCCACCGCCUGCACCGGGGAGGGCUCUAUUGGCGGGCGUGCCAUUCAACUUCAUCCGGUUGGACAAGACGAAGGAGCUUCAUGACAUGUACAUGGAGUUUGCGGUCCGCAACGCACGAAUGGACUUGCCUGCCUUUGAAACCAUCCGGACAGUGGCUUUGAACAUUGUGUAUGACAAUGUUCGGGCAGAGGUGCGGCCGCUUAUGGACAAGUGGGACAUCAACGGUUGCACUCUCAUCACCGAUGAGACCCAAGACAGGAAGUCGAGGGCUGUGUUGAACUUUGUAGCGGCUGGAGAGAGCGGGGCUGUGCUCAUCAAGGUUGUGGAUGUCUCUGAUGGGAAGAAAAACACGAGAGCAUUGGCAAAGUUAUGGGAAGAGGUGAUAAGGGAGAUCGGUGUUCACAGGGUCAAUGCAAUCUGCACUGACAAUGCAUCAGCGAACAAGCGAGCGGCGAAACUCCUGUCAAUGAGGACUCACAAAGCCAUUGCGAAGAUUCCUUGGAUCCCUUGUGCUGCCCACACCCUGAGCUUGCUACUGAAAGACAUAUCCAACAUCGCAUGGAUCAAGACGGUGUGGAAGAAGGGAAGGAAUUUGGUGAAGUUCAUCAAGAAUCACCAAAGCACGAUGGGGUUGCUGAGUCGGUGUUCCAUGGGAGGCAGGAAGGUGCUUGUCAUGCCAACGGAGAAAAUCGCAAUGCGGGUGAUGGCAAUGUGGAGCACGGCAACGCUAUACGAAAGGAAUUGGUCGUCCUUAGACUUGGUCCACUCCAAAUGGCGGAACAACUUGUCCAGCGAAAGUGUAGUUAAGUUGGUUUACUACAUUCACUGGAACAUGCAAUUGUUGCGGGUUCCCAGGAGCACGACUGACGGGUUCAUUGACCUGUGGGCAACCUUCUUCGACGAGCCUGAGGCACCUCCGGUGACGAACGAUGCAGCCAAGGAUCGCCGUGAAGUGGACAAGGAGGAGGAGGCGGCGAGGGUUGCACGCCUGAAGAAAAUUCUGAAAGGGAGGCUUCUCGCUGGCUUGUUCAGCGAUGAUUAUGGGAGCAGUGACAAUGAGGACUUGGUGUGGUGUGACAAGGUGGAAAACAGGGUGCAUCCAGCACGAGGUGGGAAGGGGAAAGGGAAGGCCGCUGUUGUUGAAGACGAGGAGGACGAGUGGGAUGAUGAUGAUGAUGAUGACAACGACUCGGAUUUUGAAAUUCGUCCACGCACGGGCUGCAUGGACUCAGACACGAACGGAGGACGGACCGACUUGUGGGACGUGCCUGAAGCAACGUGUCACUUGGACAGUGGCGAUGACCUCAUCGUGGAGGACAGUGAGGCACGUCAUCGCAAGGUCAGAGCGGAAGCACAAUCUCUAGCGGACAGGGAUCGUGUAAUGGUGCAACAGCAUAUGGCAGAGGAAAACUCACGUCGACUAGCAGUCCCCGCACACUUGAGAACCGUGGAGGGGCAUGUGCAGCAGCAGGCCGAGCAACGACCACAGGAGCUGGUGCAGCAGCUGGUGGAGCACAAUCCGCAGCGGGUGGUGCAGCAACAGCAGGAGCAGCGCCCUCAGCAGAAGUAGCAUGAGGUGGAGCCAGGGCAGCAGCAAGUGGAGAAGCAGUUGAAGCAGGACAUGGAGCAGGAGCAGCAGAAUAUGAAGCAGCAACAACAACAGCACAACGAAGAGUAGCAACAACUGCAAAACAAAGAGCAGCACCAACA